AACUCAACAUGGUAAUGUGAGCAAACCGGGGGAGGGGAUCGGAAUAAAACGCCCGUAGGUGUGGGAGCAGGACGGGGCAGAAACACUGCACACACGUGGAGGAACAAAUGGAACUGCACUUUUUUUUCUAAGGAGACAUGUUUCCCGAAGUCUGCUGCUGGGUUCAAAGCGGUAGGCUCCAACAAUGAUCCUGGAGGAGCCAAAAAGGUGACUGGGAAGAAGCGACUUUUCUUAGUUAGUGUGAUCCACUGCAGAUUGAUUGAGAAUAAAAGCGCACAGGAGAGCCGGGGUCAUGGAGAGCCCCUGGAGGAGGACGCAGACUGAGAGCUGGGGGGUGUUGAGGAGCUCGCUGCUGCUUUGUUUAUUCUCCGGCAGCAGUAAAGCCCAGUGUGAAGGCUGCAUAGAGUACUGCUGCGAUGGGUCUCCACCUUUCUGCUGCUCCUACUACGCCUACGUGGGCGACGUCCUCUCGGGCACUGCCAUCUCUGGGAUCGUGUUCGGGGUGGUGUUCCUGAUGGGGGCGGUGGCGGCCCUGUUCCUGUGUGUGUGUAUGUGCAUGAAGAACGGGCGGGGGGCGCGGGUCGGCGUGUUCAGCACCUCCUACAUCAACACUGUGACUCAGGGGUACCCAGGUCCUCCACCUCCAUACACCUACGACUACGAGAUGUACCCUCCCUCUCUGCACCCGCCACCUUACACCCCGUCUCAGCGAAACUCGGCCAACUACUCCCCUCCUCCUCCGUACCCGGGAUGUACCCGCAAGUGAAUCCCUGCACAGACCCUCUAGCAGUCAUCUAAAAGGAACUGAUCGAUGUCUCCACACCUGGAUCUCUGGCCUCCAAAGACAAUUAAAGAGGCUGAAUGUAUUCCACAUUUAAAAAGAAAAAGGGGGGGGGGGGGGGCAGUGCAAUAUUGUUCAGCAGGCCAGGUGUGAAUGUCACUGCCUUUCUGCAGGAGUCUAGACCAAAUGUUGGGGAAAUUAAUAAUAAUUGAACAUUCUCAUAGAGUUAGCAGCCGUGCUAGUCUGCAGCUGGCACUUCCUAAUAACCAAUACUCUCAUUCAUCCCCGACUGAGCACAUCAAAGGCUCUGCGCUGCUUUGAUGCAGGUGAAGACCACUUUUGUCAGCAUGGAGCGGUACCUUACAUCACUGGAGGAACAUCGUUUUUUUUAAGGGAGAUUGUUGGGUAUUUCUAUAUUACUUUGUAAGAGUAAACCCCAGCUCGGUUCAAAUAUACCAAAACCCAGUGAACAAAGAUAACAGUACUCGAGUUUCAAGUUUACUUGCUGCAAGGAGAAUCAGCGAGUGACAGGUCAUGUCAACUCCAAAACCAACUCUGCUCCUCUUCUCUCAGUGCAGUCUCUUUAUUACAAAAAUACAGUUACAAAUCAUGCAUGAGGAAGUGUAUGUAACCAACGGCUUUAUUUGUCAAUGGGAGUCUUGUGACUUGCAAUCAUGUGUGUGUGUGUGUGUAUGGUCCACAGAAAAGGGGAACAGACUAUUCUCUGUUCCUCUUUUCUGACUAUGGUCUCUUUACAACAUAAAAUGACAACAUAUUAUGAAAACACGUUUAUCCUUCAAUAAACUCUAACAUUCCCUCCUGUUUUUCAUAAUUA